CUACAAAACCCACCCAUUUGCAUUAUGUAUAGCACACCCUCCCCUUCUUCUCUUCUCUAACCUCCCUACAAUCAUUUUUCUUCUUCCUUCAUAAACACACCUUUGUUUUCUCUCAAUUUUCUUACCAAACACUUUCAUAAAUUUGCGUUAUUCUCCUCUGUUUCCUCAGGUUUCCAUUCCAAAGUUUGCUGCUUUAAUGGCUGCUGACCGGUCCUCGGGGACUCUGAUUGGAGCAGGUGAACGGCGAGGGGGGCUUUACUAUUUCCGGACGGUGGCCGUGGUGAAUGCUGCAAGUGUUGUUGACAUAUGUACCUUUGACCUAUGGCAUCAAAGGUUAGGUCAUCCCUCGGAACGCGUAGUGAAGCUGCUUCCUGCUAUCCGUUCUAGUCAUGAUAAGAAGAAAUUGAAUAACGUUUGUGAGUCCAAAGUACCGAAGUUUGGUGCCUGGGAGGGUGGAGAAAACUACACAGUUUACUUUGACAAUGCACGGAAGAAGAAGACUAAUGGACAGAUGAUCAACCCGAAUGAUCCUGAAGAAAACCCAGAAAUGUUUCAACAAAAUGGAGGCCCAGCUCAGGCUCUUAGAGCAGAUCCAAAGGGACAGCAAGCAAAAGUCCCCCAAUUUGGUGCCUGGGAAAAUGGAGAGAAUGUUGGGUACACUGCUUAUUUUGAGAAUAAACGAAAAGGCAAAAAUGGUGAGCCCACAGCAUCACAGAACGAGCCCAAGAUGAACCGAGAUAUGCAGCCUCGUAAGGAUCCUCCAGCUCAGGCUCGUCCUGCACCAGCUAAACCAGAACCACAACAAGAAGCACGGUCAAAGGUCCCACAGUUUGGGGCUUGGGAGGGUGCAGGUGAAGCUGGUUACACACAAAGUUUUGAGAAUGUCAGGAAAAAUAAGAAUGGGCGCACUGUCACACCAGAACCUUCUGAUGCACCUCAAUUGAACCGGGAUGUUAACGAUCCUACAACUAAAGAGGGCCGUCCAAAGGUGCCUCAGUUUGGGGCUUGGGAAGAAGGAGAAAAUGGUGGUGUAUACACAGCUUAUUUUGAAAAUGCUCGUAAAAAUAAGAACGCGGGGCCUGUUCUAGACCCAGUUGAUCCCCAGCUCAACCGAGAUGUUAACAAUAGAGCUCAGCCUCCUUCUGCUGCUGGAACCAAAAAUAAGGUAGAUGAUCAUCAGUUGAGAAAUGCCAGUAGAGGAUCGGCUUCUUCUGUGGCAGUAUCCGACAGUUCUUCAAGAUAUGGAAAACAAAAUCCUGGGGGUCACUCACCUAUUCAUCAGAAAGCAGGGAAGCUUCAGCAAAGACCUCCAGCUAAUCGAGGAAGUCAAACUCCUGAGAGAGGAGCAGCAAUACCAGCAUGGGGGGUCUGGAACACUGAUCCUCAGCAAGCUGAGGGUUUUACGGGUGCUUUCACGAGGGCUAAAGAGGAGAGGAACACACCCCUCAACCCGAAUGUUCCACCACGCUAUCAGCAGCAAUCUGAAGAGGCUGGAAAGAAGGGGUGUUGCUUUGGUUGGUUUUGAUAAUGAACGCGCACUCUUGUUUCCUGAUCAAAUUAUACGACGAAAGACGGAGGUGUGGAUAGUUUUGGGUUGCUUUAUGACUUAUGAGCUACAAAUAGGCUCUCUUCUUGUCAAAGAGCAGAAAAGGAGUUCGAAGAGCAGGAAUUAUUUUCUCAUAAUGGGUGUUUCUAUAAUCUAUGUGUGUAUUUCUUUUAUUUAUUUUUGGAUAGGGUAGGGGGGAGGGGGGGAAGUAUAUAGUGUAAUUGUAACUAAAUUAUAUUCUUCUUGUUCAUGAAUUAAUCUUUUGGAGUACGUUAAGUCAUUACUUAAAAUUGUUGACAAAUAAUGUUUCAGACUUCUCUUUGUAACUAGCUUAUUUUCACAUAAAUUUGGAGCAAACUUAUUCAGGCUUAAGAAAAAGCAUAUUUUUCGUGGUCUCUGACUUUCCAA